AUGAAAUAUGAACCAACAAAUAGAGUCAUUUUGGAUAAAAUCAAGGUAUUUUUAAACAAAACCUUGAAUCAAAAUAAUAAUAAUAAUAAUAAUAAUAAUAAUAAUAAUAGUAAAAAGAAUGAAAAUGAUAGUAGUAACCUUGAAUCAUCAAACCAUGGUGGUGGUAUGAUGAUAACAAAGAAAUAUGAUUGGAGCUUUACUGAAAAAGCAUUGGCAAGGAGGUCUGCAUCUGAAAACAUCGAUAAAUAUUCACAUAAUCAAGAACCCUAUUCUUCACCAACUACCACUCUUUUCAAUAAUAAUAGUAGUAAUAAUAACACUCCCUCUUUACUAGUAUCAUCCAAUUCUUCAUCAACCACCACCACUACUAGUACUGCCAAUAGUCCAUCAACAACAUCAACACAAUCUUCACCAACCUCUGCCUCUAAUAAUGACCAUACUAUUGAUAAUAUGACAAUUAAAAGUCAAAGUAUAUGUAGUAGUAGAAGUAUAAGUGUAUACUCUAGUUUUGGUAGUCUAAUGUUUGAAUCGUCGACAACAACAGCAACUAAUGGUAAUAAGGAAAAAAAAUUAAAAAAGAGUCGGUCUGUUUGUGAUGUUAAACCACAACAACAACAACAACAAGAAGAAACAAUGGUCCAAAAGAUUAAAACUGAUGAAGAAUAUUAUAAAGAAUAUCAAGAUCAAUAUUAUCAAUAUAUAAUAUUAAAACAACAACAAUUAAAUCAAGCUAAAUUAUUAGAACAACAACAACAACAACAACAAAUAGAACAACAACAACAACAACAAUAUAAAUUAAAUGAAGAAUGGUUUAGAGAUCCAGAAGAUUGGGAAAUUAAUUUAAAAUAUUUAUAUAAAUGGAAAUGGAGAGAAGAAAUGAAAAUUCAUUUUAAAAGAUAUAGAAAAUUAAGGUCUACAAUUAAUCCUACUCUUUUUAAUCAAGAACAAAAGGAAAUCAAUCAAGAAGAGGAUGAAGAAAUCCAUUUUCCAUUACCACAUGACCCAGAAUAUUUGGAUCAAUUACUUGUCAAUUUGGAUCAAAUCAUUUUAGAAAAUCAAGUAUUGGAAUCUUUAUCGGAUCAUUUUGAUAUUGAUUUUGAUGACAAUUAUGAAACUUUAAAUCAAAUCGAUCAUAUUUUAAAUACUAGCAGUAAUAGUUUAUCUUUUGUAAAUAAUAUCAAUGUUUCUUAUUUUAAUGACAUUGACAGCAAUAAUAAUAAUAAUCAAAAUUCACAAAUUCAAUUUGACAUUAAAGAUUUAAUAGAAUUACGCGAAUCUUUAGAUGAUUCCUUAACAUUGGAUGUUCCAUUUAUUAAAAGAUGGGAUUCUAAUAUGCCAAUACUUUCCGAUUAA